AAAUUUUUGUUUAGAAAUGCUUACUUUGGUUCAUUAGAUAGUAGUAAAUCAGGCUUCUGUCUUACCUCUUUUUUGUCACCUUCCUAAGUGCAUGGGGAAAGCAUUUAGGGCUGAAUAGUCCUGAAAAGUGUUUAAACUUUUUUGUGUGUGUGUGAGUGAGAACUGGUCACUGAGAGAAAGAAGAUAAGAUUCUCAUUACUGCUUCUGUGUAUCAGAUGCUAGCGUUGCAUCCCAUUUCACAAUGGCCUCUCUUGCUGCAGCAAAUGCAGAAUUUUGCUUCAGCCUGUUCAGAGAGAUGGAUAACAAUCAAGGCAAUGGAAAUAUGUUCUUUUCCUCUCUGAGCAUCUUCACUGCCCUGGCAAUGGUCCGUUUGGGCGCUCGAGGUGACUGCGCUGCUCAGAUUGAUAAGUUGCUUCACUUUAAUGCUGCCUCGGGACAUGGAAGCUCUUCUAAUAGUCAGCCAGCACUCCAGUCUCAACUGAAAAGAGUUCUUUCUGAUAUAAACACAUCCCACAAGGAUUAUGAUCUCAGCAUUGCCAAUGGUCUUUUCGCAGAAAAAAUCUUUGACUUUGACGAGAACUACGUUCGGUGUGCUGAAAAGUUAUACAAUGCCAACGUGGAACGAGUUGAUUUUACAAAUGAUAUGGAAGAUACCAGAUAUAAAAUCAAUAAAUGGAUUGAAAAGGAAACACAUGGCAAAAUCAAGAGUGUGCUUAAUGAAGGUAGCAUCAGCUCAUCUGCUGUCAUGGUGCUGGUGAAUGCUGUGUACUUCAAGGGCAAAUGGGAGUCAGCCUUCACCAAGAGUGAAACCAUAAAUUGCCGUUUCAAAUCUCCCAAGUGUCCUAGGAAAGUAGUUGCCAUGAUGCAUCAAGAACGGAUGUUCAAUCUGUCUGUUGUUCAGGACCCAUCUAUGCAGGUCCUUCAGCUCAAAUACAACGGUGGCAUAAGCAUGUACAUUCUGCUGCCGGAGAAUGACCUAUCACAAGUUGAAAAUAAACUGAACUUUCGGAAUCUAAUGGAAUGGACCAAUCCAAGAAAAAUGACCUCGAAGUACGUUGAGGUGUAUUUUCCUCAGUUCAAGAUAGAGAAGAAUUAUGAACUCAAACACCAUUUAAAAGCCCUAGGGGUGAAAGAUAUCUUUGAUGAGUCCAGAGCUGAUCUCUCUGGGAUAGCUUCAGGAGGUCGUCUAUAUGUGUCAAAACUAAUGCACAAGUCGUACAUAGAAGUCACCGAGGACGGCACCGAGGCUUCUGCUGCCACGGGAAGUAACAUCGUGGAAAAGCAGCUCCCUGAGUCGACGGUGUUCAGAGCCGACCGCCCAUUUCUAUUUUUCAUCACGAAGGAAGACAUCAUCUUAUUUAGUGGCAAAGUCUCUUGCCCCUGAAAAUCCAAUGGAUCUCCGUUACAGUAGUCCCUGUCACAUCACAGAACCACCACAAGUGAAUAGAUUUGAGCGUUACUGGAAAUGUACGGUGUUUCCUUUGAGUCUGUUUCUUCCUAACAUUGGUCAGCAAGUGAUUUUGGUUCCUUGCCCCUUCUCAGACACCUGGUUGACUGUCCUUAUCCCUGCUCUUAGUGUUUUUACCACCAUUCGCCUCACCCAUUUCUAAUUUCAUUGUCUUUCUACACAUGCUCAUGUCUACCAUUCUCCCCCAUGGCCCCACUGG